AUGGCUUCCCAAUUCCCUACUAAGAAAUGCGGCGUGUUAGGCUGCACCGGCUCCGUGGGUCAGCGGUUCAUCUUACUCCUAUCUCAACAUCCAUACUUCGUCCUUCAUGCCGUAGGAGCGUCGUCUAGAUCUGCCGGUAAGAAGUAUAAGGAUGCCGUACGAUGGAAGCAGGCCUCUCCCAUGGGUUCCGUUGGUGAGCUUGUCGUCCGUGAGUGCAAGUCUAGCGAGUUUGCCGACUGCGACGUCAUUUUCAGCGGCCUGGACUCAGAUGUUGCUGGCGAGAUCGAGAUGGAGUUCCUUAAGGCAAACCUAGCCGUCUUCUCCAACGCGAAGAAUUACCGUCGGGACCCCCUCGUGCCCCUUGUCGUUCCUACUGUCAACCUGCCACACCUCGAUUUGAUCCCGCACCAGCGGAAACACCAUGGCUUAGAGAAGGGGUUCCUGGUGUGUAACUCGAACUGCGCAGUCAUCGGUCUAGUGAUCCCGUUCGCGGCCCUGCAGGCGCGGUUCGGCCCCGUCGACACCGUCAGCGUUGUUACCAUGCAAGCCGUUUCCGGUGCCGGCUACCCUGGCGUCAGCAGCAUGGAUAUCAUGGACAACGUGGUACCGUUUAUCUCCGGCGAAGAGGACAAGCUCGAAACUGAGGCGCGCAAAAUCCUCGGCGGCAUCAACAGCGACGCCACUGCGCUCGUCGAGCAGGAGGAGCUUCGCGUGUCUGCCGCCUGUAAUCGCGUUCCGGUGCUUGACGGACAUACGGCCUGUGUAUCGCUACGGUUCAAGAACAGGCCUGCGCCGAGUGCGGAGGAUGUGCGUGCUGCCCUGAGAGAGUACGUCAGCGAGGCCGAGAAGCUAGGUUGUCCGAGUGCCCCACGCCCGAGCAUCCAGGUCUUUGACGAGCCGGACCGUCCGCAGCCAAGGCUCGAUCGCGACUUGAGUCGUGGAUACACGGUUAGCGUGGGUCGCGUGCGCGAGGACGAGAGCGGGAUCUUCGAUAUCAAGUUUGUCGCACUGAGCCAUAACACUGUCAUCGGAGCUGCAGGUUCUUCGAUAUUGAAUGCGGAAGCGGCGGUACUGAAAGGAUUCAUCUAG